AUGAAAAGUCUUAUCGCAAUUGUUGUUCUUGCUCUCAUAUCACAGACAUUUGCGUCAUCAGUUCCUGAAAUCAAAGAGGAUGGAAAUAUUCGUGUUGAUGAUUUUUAUGACGAGAUAAUGUACAAAUUUCAACGUUUUAACGGUUUCUAUGCUGAAAUGAACUAUCAAAUGAGAAGGUAUCGCCUUAGUCAUGUAACAUUGGUUGAAACAAUUUACAUUCAGAUGAUGGAACUUUUCGGUCAACAUUUAGAUUUUAUUAGAAGAGCAUCCGUUGAACUUGACGAAGCUCUUGAAAUAAGAGAAAAUGAACUUGGUGGUAUAACUGAAUGUUUACAAGGUGUCGUAAAUAGAAGAGAUCGUCUUUCUGAGGAUAUUACUCGUGAUGUUCGUGUCUGUUCACUUCGUGCAAAUAAUACAAUGCAAGCACAAAUGCGUGAUGUAUUUUAUCCAACGUUCGCUGAUAUUCAAUCAGAAGUGCUUUUUAUUAAUUUGAUUGUAAUGGAUGCUUUAUCAAGAGGAAAUGUGAUGGAUGAUGAGGAUGAGAUUAUUGAAUAUUUGAAUGGUCAAUAUCAAGUUUAUACAACUCAAUGGCCUGGAGCUGUAACACAACUCCUAAAAUGGGAACAAACAAGAUUUACAGUCGAAGGAGAGUUUCUUGUUGAAGAAAUGGAUAUGUGUUUAAGAAAUCCUGUAUUAGAAUACAUGCGACAAGCUGCAAGUCUUGAGUAUGAAGCACACAUGUGUUAA